GGGAGAGCGGCUGUUGUUUCAGUCCGGUUGUGUGUAUUCGUGCUGUAAUAUGUGAGUGUCACUGGGCAGAGCCUCAGCGCCUGUCACUGUCAAAUCAUUUAGCCACCUCAACUUCGUGAGAACGCGCAAGCUCGCUUUUCCUGGUUAAUUUGUUCACAUCCUCGCGUCAGUUUGCUGCGUUUCCGGAUUGAGUGCACAAUCGCGCUAAAGUCAGCUGUCGCUAAGCUAAAGCGCAGGAACUGUGUCGGUUAUUGAAGCUUUGCUACUCGAGCUAUCUAUCCUGCAUGACUUCUUUUCCCAGUCGUUUUGUAAGCAACCAAGCCUCCUGCGCUGUGAUUGGCUGAGCUGAGGUCCAUUUUAACGUGGCAGGAUGAGUUCAAAGGGGGGCGGUACAGCCCUGACCCGACGAAAUUAUCGCCUGGCAUCAGAUACAGACAAACCCAAAGCCGCAGGUAUUGUGAACGAGAAGUUGUUAAGCGACUACCUGUACCACGUCUUCCCUGCCUCCAGUAAACAGGGUCCACCAUCAGCAACCUGCAGAAAACCCUUGACGUUCCAGGACCUCGGCGCUCACCUGGAGAAGUUGCUGUCUGAGGAUGGGCCUGCUGAGGACAGCGCAGAUCAUACAGACGGGCGACUCGGACCCUCUACCGUUGUCCUGGACCACACCAGUGGAUUCGAAGGCCUCUUAUUUGUAGAUGAUGAUCUUUUAGGAGUCAUUGGCCACAGCAACUUCAGUUCAAUAAGAUCUACGACGUGUGUAUUCAAAGGGAAAUGGAUGUACGAGGUGCUGAUCUCAUCGCAAGGUUUGAUGCAGAUAGGAUGGUGCACGCUGAACUGCAGAUUCAACCAGGAGAAGCAGGGAGACAACAUGUGGGACCAAAAGGGUGAGGUUAGAGUACCCCACAAUAUUUCUGGAAGCAGUUACCGCCUUUUCAGCUGCAGCAACUGCAUGCAGGCAAACAGGAAGUCCAGCUGCCACUGGAUCCAGCCUGCUGGAGAAGAAGGGGUUGGAGACACGCAGGACUCGUAUGCGUACGAUGGUAAUCGAGUCAGAAAAUGGAACGUGACGACCACCAACUACGGCAAAUCGUGGGCUGCAGGGGACAUCGUGAGCUGCAUGAUCGACCUCGAUGAAGGAACAAUUACUUUUUGUCUGAAUGGACAGUCCCUUGGAACAGCUUUCACUAAUAUCAAAAUGGGUCCAGGGAUCGCCUACUUCCCCGCUAUCAGUCUUUCAUUCAAAGAGUCUGUGGCCUUUAACUUUGGCAGCCGCCCACUCAGGUAUCCUGUGGAAGGCUAUCAUCCCCUUCAGGACCCUCCAACUGCUGACCUUAUCAAAGCCAAGAGGCUGCUGGGAUACAUGAAGAACGUGAUGUUAAUUGGCAUAGACAUACAGGAGGAGAAGCUCAUCGAGAGGGACAUUGCAUCCUGGCAGCUUCAAGGAGAACCUACGGUGCUGGUCACACUCGCGCAUAUCUUCAAUUACUUCGCUCCUCUGAUGUGUAAAGUGUAUCUGGUAGAAGAUGUCCUGAUGAGCUUCCUGCUGGGGAUUCUGGAGGGCGGUGGCUCUGUGGACGAACAUCCGCUAGUCCAGCAGCUGCUCGAGCUCUUCUGGCUGCUUAUGGAGGACUUUGAGGUGAACGAGUGCCUGAAGCAGUUGAUGAUGUCGUUGCUCAGGGCGUAUCGCUUCUCACCCAUCAUCCCUGACCUCGGCUUCCAGAUUCACUAUCUACGCUUGACAACUGCCAUUUUACGCCAUGAAAAGUCGAGAAAGUACCUCCUGAGCAAUGUAUUAUUCGACGUGCUGCGCUCCGUGGUGUUCUUCUACAUCAAGACUCCUCUGAGGGUGAAGGAGGCCGGCUUGGAGGAGCUCAUCCCCACCACAUGGUGGCCAACACACUUCGACAAAGAGGGUAAAGACGAGAAGGACCCGAGACACGAGAGCUCAGAGGAGAGACUCAGGCGGCGAGCGUACGAACGAGGCUGUCAGAGACUCAAAAAGAGGAUCGAGGUGGUGGAGGAGCUGCAGGUUCAGAUCCUGAGGCUGAUGCUAAAUAACAAGGACAAAGGGACGGGAGAAGCCUCUCGAUACAUUUUCCUCAACAAAUUCCGCAAGUUCCUGCAGGAGAAUGCAAGCAACCGCGGGAACCCGACAGUGUUGUGCCCUCCGGAGUACAUGGUGUGCUUCAUGCAUCGGCUCAUAACAGCAGUCCGGAGCUACUGGGACGAAGGAAAACGCAAGAGGCCAGGAACCAUUAGCAGUGAAGACGCCUACGUCCCCCCGCAGCUUUUCUACAACGGAAAGGUAGACUACUUUGACCUGCAGCGGCUCGGAGGACUGCUCUCGCAUCUCAAGAAAACGCUAAAAGACGACCUGGCGUCUAAAGCUAACAUCAUUAUCGACCCUGCGGAGAUCCAGGCCGCGUCUAUGGACGAUCUGGAUGAGGAUGAUGAAAGUGGAGCUGCUCAGAGGCCAUCUGGUGCAGUAGCGAUGGGCGGAGCUUUGGCCAGGCCAAGCUGGCUGAGUUCGCCUACUCUGGGCCGAGCCAAUCGUUUCCUCAGUACGGCCGCAGUCAGCCUCAUGACCCCACGGCGACCUUUGGCCCCGCCUGAAAAGGUCAAAGUGCGCAGUCUGCCUGUGGAACAGAGGACAGAGGAGGACAUUGAGGGAAGCCAUGGUAACGAUGGGCUGUUGCUGGGGCGACCGUUGGAAGAGCCCGAGCAGCCAAUCACGGAGAAGUCGCUGCUGGAGAUCCUGGAUGGGAUCGUGAUGAUGUACAACCUGAGUGUUCAUCAGCAGCUGGGCAAGAUGGUGGUCGUGUCGGAUGACGUUCAUGAGUAUGCUGUCGCUCUGAAAGACACGGAAGAGAAGAUCGCCCGAUGUCCAGGAAGAAGAGCAGACAUUCUGGAGGAGCUGCAAAAGAGCCAGAAGGUGUUUGCUGAGAAGCUGAACCACCUGAGCCGCAGGUUGGCCUGGAUCAACGGCACCAUUUACUCCAAGGAGAAGAUGUUGGAUGUUUACUGGCUCCUGCGUGUGUGUAUCCGCACCAUCGAGCACGCCGACAACACGGGCUCCUUGUUCGCCUUCACCCCUGAGUUCUACCUCAAUGUGGCCAUGAAUAGCUACAGUGCCCUUAAGAACUACUUCAGCCCUUCCAACAGCAUGGAGGAGCUCCCAGGUUAUGAGGACACGCUCACUCAGCUUGCUGCUAUCCUCGCUAAGCACUUUGCAGACCCGCGCAUCGUGGGCACAGACAUUAAAGACUCACUGAUGCAGGCCCUGGCGAGCUACGUGUGCUACCCGCAUUCACUCCGAGCUGUGGAGAGGAUCCCUGAGGAGCAGCGGGUGGCUAUGAUGAGGAACCUGUUGGCGCCGUACGAACAGCGGCCGUGGGCUCAGACUAACUGGAUCCUCGUCCGUUUGUGGAGGGGCUGCGGGUUCGGCUACAGGUACACCCGGCUGCCGCACCUGCUCAAAAGCAAACCCGAGGAUGCCAACCUGCCCAGCCUGCAGAAGCCUUGUCCAUCACUCCUGCUCCAAAGGCAUAUGGCGGAGCUCCUGAAUCAGGACAAAGAGAUGGCUGCUAGCUUCCUGAACAGCGUCCUCAACCAGCUCAACUGGGCCUUCUCGGAGUUCAUCGGCAUGAUCCAGGAGAUCCAGCAGGCAGCAGAGCGUCCAGAGCGUAACUUUGUGGACACUAGGCAGCUGAAAGUGUGUGCCACGUGCUUCGACCUGUCGGUCAGUCUGCUGCGUGUGCUGGAAAUGACAGUCACCCUGGUACCCGAGAUCUUUCUGGACUGGAGCCGACCCUCAGCCGAGCUUCUGCUCCGUCGCUUGGCUCAGCUCCUAAACCAGGUACUGAAUCGAGUGACAGCUGAGAGGAACCUCUUUGACCGUGUGGUCAACCUUCGCCUUCCAGGCCUGGAGAGCGUGGAUCAUUACCCCAUACUGGUUGCCGUUACGGGAAUUCUGGUGCGCGUCCUGGUGGACUCCGAGAGACCGGGGAUCGCUCAGGCUGCCUCGGUGCUGCUGUCAGACCCGUGUUUCCAGCUUCACUCCAUCCAGCACCUGCUGGGACGGGGAGAGGCCAGUGCUGGAGCGGAUCACAAACACUUCUCGCUGCACUCUUAUACGGACUACAUCACCGCAGAAGAAGCACAGAAAGUGGAAAAGAUGCUGGCUUUCCUGACCGAGGAGUCCAAGCAGGCUGCAGCCACAACCGCGCCCACCAGUGAAGACGACCUGUGUCCCAUCUGCUAUGCACACUCUAUAUCGGCCAUCUUCAAGCCCUGCUCCCACAAAUCCUGCAAAGCCUGCAUCAAUCAACAUUUGAUGAAUAAUAAGGACUGUUUCUUCUGCAAGGCCACGAUCACUGGAGUGGAAGAUUACAGCAAACCUGCUGGGUCUUAGCAUGCCCUUUAGACGCGCACACACACACACACACACGCAUGCACAUAUACACACAAAAAUUCAGCGUCCUUUACCUCUCCAAAGACUGUUCACCAACACACACUUAUGUACAUGCUGGACAACUAAACAAACAGUAACACUCUCAGCAUAUCAUUUAUUAACACUGGACUGUGACUUUAAGACACAGCACACUCGCCAUGGCACUGUUUCAGCUCAUGCCAGCUGGUCGAGGUUUGGCUCUAAAUCAUAACGCAUGGCCGGCUGACAGAGGGGCGAAUGGCGAGAGACAUUUUAUAAUCUCCUUCAUCCUUCUUCCCUCUGGUCACCACUGGCAACCGCAUUAUAUCUGCGUCCAUAGGCCAUAGAUAUUGAUCAGGACCAAUGCAGGUGCUCGCCAGCGUCCCUCAUAAGAUCACUGUCUGAUCUGGAUAACAUUUUUAUAUUCGAAAAUAGAAAUAUGACAGCCAUAUUUGAAGUGGCAUUCAUUUCCGUGACAUUCUAGAGAGAGACGUCUCCAGAAAUGGUCACUUGAUCACCAGUUCAUAUCAGCUUUAUUAACAUUUUGUAAAGCAUUAAAGGAAUACGCAGAUGGUUUUUUAAUAACCUAAUUUCUGUUCACUGUAUCUCUAGCGUAUGUGGGAUUAUAAUGGGGAGUAAUUUCUACGCAAUUUAGGUACUGAGAAAAGAAAAGAAAAUGGCUUGUAACUCAUACGUAAUAGAAAUCAAAGGGGCAGUUGUUGAAUUUCAUCAAUAAUUAGUUAAAAUAUGUGCGUAGAUAACAUAACACAAAUUCAAACCUAACCAUUAAACACUCAUAAUAAAGAUCUUUGAACGUAGAACUGAUUACAUGAAUGAGAUGAAUUCAUUUAGACCUGUUUCAUGUAGUUUUAUUUAACACUGUGUACUUUUUUUUUAUACAGUUUGCGGUAUUAACCUCAUUCGCAGUUGGAAAUACGAUAUUUAAGAGUUAUUCUACGAAAUCAAGUCAUACAUAAGCCAUGUACGACGAGAUUGAGUGGAAUAACUGCUUUAUUCUAUCCAAAGUCACUGGAUUUUGAGUAACAGAGCAUUUUUUUUUUCAAAUUUGAUAAAUAAAGACUUGAUACAAAACCUCCGACAAAAUCAUUUUUCCACUUAGAAUAGAAACAAACUGGCGAAAUGAUGAGCAAUUUGUGAAAAAUGCGAUGAUAAUUCUUGGAAAAAAAAGAGACGUUCUUAGCAUUAUAUACUUUUAUUCCUUUUUUUGGGGGGGGGGGGUUUCAAGUAGAGUUUUUAUUUCGUCCUCAGUUGGUUCAGCAACAUGCUUCGCCAUUUUCUUCUUUAGGGUUUUUUUGGCGGUUGGCGAACCAACUUAAAGGUGCAUUACCGCCACCGACUGGACUGGACGACAACAAAAAAACCCAAUAUUCCUUUAGCUAUUUCUCAUCUCAUCUCAUUAUCUCUAGCCGCUUUAUCCUUCUACAGGGUCGCAGGCAAGCUGGAGCCUAUCCCAGCUGACUACGGGUGAAAGGCGGGGUACACCCUGGACAAGUCGCCAGGUCAUCACAGGGCUGACACAUAGACACAGACAACCAUUCACACUCACAUUCACACCUACGGUCAAUUUAGAGCCACCAGUUAACCUAACCUGCAUGUCUUUGGACUGUGGGGGAAACCGGAGCACCCGGAGGAAACCCACGCGGACACGGGGAGAACAUGCAAACUCCACACAGAAAGGCCCUCGCCAGCCCCGGGGCUCGAACCCAGGACCUUCUUGCUGUGAGGCGACAGCGCUAACCACUACACCACCGUGCCGCCUUUAGCUAUUUCUGUUUCUUUUAAACACUUGAUAAAGGGAUAUAUCUGUUUUGAUGCGUACCGCCAUUUUGUUUUUCUCUACUCACGGUAUAUGAGCUGAUAUCCUAGUAGUAGAGUAGCCAAUCAGAACGUGCGAUUGCUCAUAUCCAGUGAAUGUGGAUAGAAUAAUUUCCAUUUCACGCUUGUAGAGAUUUAGAGCAUACAUUAAAAAAAAAAGAUAAAUCAUAAAACCUUCAAACAAAAUAAAUGAUGACAACUGCCCUUAGAUGUCCAUUAUAAGUCAGUUUUAAGAAACCUGGUGCUUUGUUCUUUUCUCAAUACAUGGGAAUGCAUUGAAGUUAAUGCCCCUGGUAACUACACACACUAGAGAUAUGGUAGCUUGAGAUUUGGUUGACGAACACCAGACUAUUCCUUUAAUCAGAUAUACUAUAUCGACAGAUCUGCAAUUUCAGGUUUUACUUCUGACAGAAUAUAUAAGUUGCACUCACUGGGUUUGUGAUAACACUUUUACUUUUGUGAUAAAUCAGGUCAUGUGAACGACUGAGCUACACACUAUUCAUGAAUGUUUUCACACCUACAGUCUGUCCUUUUGCAGUGUCUGAUUACAUCGUACCCAGGAUGAACCCUUCUGUUGUCUGUUCUUUCACACCUGUUUGUCAUGAGCUAAAUGUCAGGCUUUAUCCCGUUCUCCAGGCACUUGCUCUUUUUCUUUGCCCUCUGAGCAGGUGCGGUGUUUUUCCACCGAGAAUGACGUCCUUUGUGUCUGUUCUUGAGAACUAAUGUUGUUGCGUUGUAAAUUUCCCUUUUUCCUAAUCGCUUCUUAUUUGAUGUAGACCUUGAUUACUUUGAACCAAGAUCAGCUGAUGUUUAAGGUUUCCCAUGCGUGCGCACACGUAUGUACACAGAGAUAAAACAUGCAUAUAAAGUUUGCUCUAAUUCUGAUACCACCCACGAACUAGCCAUUGACUUUUCACAGGUCACUUUAAUUGAAAUGAGAGUAAUGCACUUGAAAAAAAUAUUUCAAGCAAAUAAAUGUAUAUUUCACAUUUAUGCAGUUGCAUAGAAAGGUGGUCAUCACUUUCAAGAUGCUCCUCACUGCAGAACAACAAAUCCAGUGUGUGAAAUCAGCUCUCAUCCAUCUCCAUCUAUCUCCUUUUGUAACAACCAAGAAUUGGCUAAUUUAGCACAUUUUUGGAUACUGAUCUAGCUAAUCAACUUGGCUAACAAUACCCCAGUUAGCACUCCCAGACAGAUUCAUCCACAGAAUGUCUUGUGCACUUUUCUGGCCACAAGCUUCAGAAUCUUUAAGGUUUGCAGUCUGAUUGGCUUUCCAUAUUUCUGUCUGCUGUAUGCUCCCUCCGUACACUGGUUUGACAGAAAACAUUCACAAAUGACCAUACGUAUUCUUGGAGAAAGAUUAAGGUACUUGAUUGACAAGAAAUGCGCAGCAUCACAUCUUUCAAAGCUGUUUGUUUUGUCUGAAGCCGAUAAUGGCAAGUGAACGUGGAAAGCCAGUUGCCUCAUCCUGUACAAGUUGGCAGUUCUUCACCAUGCUUCGUGAUUAAAAAGUAGCAAACUCUUUGGGGACAUGUAAUGGACCUCGAUCCUGCAAACGAGCAACUUGUUGAUUCAAGCUAAAUAUCUUGCUAAAUUAAUGCUAUCUAUCUGACAAACCAAGCCUCCAAACUAGCUAACAUUUUGAACUAAACAAUAUUUCCAGAUGAAUAGCUUCUCUAAUGUUAGACACUAGCCAGAUAGCUACUACCAAAUUAACUACCAAGCAUGCUUGCUAGCAUUAAUGUAGCUAUUUUGUAGCCAAUGAAUAGUAGAUUUCAGGAUUUCUAGUUAACAUUACCCUCUAAUAUGAGUAUAUUAUUACUGUAUUUAUUUUGAUUGUUGGAAGAAAUGAAGACGGCGUGUGUCGGAUCCCUUUGAGUUUAAGUACUAUGACUAUAACAGAUAUUUGCGAGAAACUGGACAGCUUGUAGCGUUCCUGUUUGUUUCUCUAAUGCGGAAGUAAGAGAUAUCAAUAUUAAGAUAUUAAGAGUCAGUAUUGGCAUUGUAGGUGCAAUAGGCUUAUAAAAUCAGUCUCAUGUAAAAAGGGAUCAGUCUCAUAAAUUCAUUAAUCAUUAAUUCAAGUGUCUAAUAGUUUAUAGCUAAACUAUUAAAAUCAAUGGAAUAACUUUGUGGUAGUUUUAGUGAGUAUUGUAGCUCUAAUGUAAUAUAUUUACUCUAGGUCUAUAACACUCAUAUAACAACUAAAUGGGCGAAGGCAAUUAGAAUACUUGUUUGGCACAGGUUGGCACUCAGUGAAUGUUGUAGCAAUAGACAGGACACAGUUUAUUCCAAAGAUAGCAUUUAUUGAAAUAGCUGACACGAAUUAGCAAACUAAUACUGAUCAGAUAUAGCAACAAUAGCAGCCAAGGAAUAAUUCAAUAUAAAUGGUGAUACAAUGUAUACAGGUAAUAAUCAGUAGUGUAUAUGAUAAUAACUAAGGCACUAAUGGUGAUUAGAAGUGAUAGCUAUGUGCAAGUUUACAGUGUAGGGGCGAGUGGAUGUUAAAAUGUGAGAGGGAAAUCACGUGUUUGUGUGUGUAUGUGAAUGGAAUGCACGAGCCUUGUGUUAGGCCUCGCCUAAAAGGGGAUGGGCAACAAGGAGAGCGCACGAGGGAGAGAGAGAGAGAGAGAGAGACAAAGGAUCUGUAGUUUAAAAACUAGUCUCGGCUAGGCCUUAAACCCAACUUCUACUCAACCCUUAGCUACUCCUGAAAUCCCAAUGUUGAGGGGUGUAGUGCGACAGAGGGAGUUAAAGAGAGAGAGAAAGAGAACGCAUGCACGAUCUAACUAAAUACAGAUAGUAAACAAAGCAAAUCAAACAACAUGCAGUCUAAGACCGACUUUCAUGUGAAUCAAAAUGCGUACAUUUAAACCAUGAAUGAAUUCAAAUAAACAACACUCCACAUUAACUAGCCACAACUAAGACUAACAAUUGCCCGGAUGCCAGCCUUACUUGAGAUCGCUCUUGCUUUGCGACUGAAAGUGCGCCGUCUGUUAUCCGACAACAGCGUGGAGUGCAGGUCCAGGGGGAAAAACAGUUCUGUUCCUUUUACUUUCACAGCUUGUCAGCUGAAGAUCUUCGGUGUCCCGUCGGUCGUCCGAUGAUCUGGAAGGAACUUUGUUUGUAGUUCAUCAACGUUGCGAAAGGGAAAAGGGAUCCGGUCACCUUUUCUCUUUAAAAUACUGCGUGGGCUGCAGUAACUAACCGGUUCAGUUAUUAUUGCAACUAUGCUAAGAUCAAAUACAUUGAACUUUGGCUAAAGGUCCGGUAUCAAUAACUCGUUCUUUGUUAGCUGUUCUUUGUUCUUUAGCAGAGAUGCAACAACGUCUCUUUCACGCGUAGAAUCCACUGCCAGAGAGAAGGAAUUUUGAUUCCGCCGCGGGUUUAAAGCACAGUCGUGACGUCACUGUAUUUGGUAUCCGGUAUCAUCUCUGUAUCCAGUACCAUUACAGGGAGUCAGAAGAAUGGGCGGAGAUGGAACAUGGCAUCGAGUACAGGGAUUGGUUUGUUCAAUGCUGUACAGUGAAAGGGAGGAGAUAGUUACUAUGACUACGGCACGGCAAUCCAUCCCUACAGCAUUGACUGAUAAGCCCUAUAUGGAUUGGACUAGUUUUACGUGGCAAGGUGGAGUCAUGUAAUUUUUAACGGAGUAUCUCUGGAAUUUUAGCCCCAUCCAAAUCUGCCGUGUUAGUAAUUCGUUACAGACUGCAUGUGCAUGCGUAUGGAAUGAUUACUUCUUAUUUUACUUCCUAUAAAAUGACCAGUAAAAAUAAUUCCACGUAAUAUACACAAUUUCCCUUCUAAAUUGUCAUGUUGAUCACAAGAUUGCAUUUUAUUCAUCAUCGCUCCGUUGUGUGUAGUUGUCGAUGUUGAUUUUAAAAGUAAGUAAGUAAAUUACACCGGGAAAUGAAUACUUAAGUCUGAGUGAAAAAUAUUGUAGCGAGUGAGUGUGGAUAAAGAGUCUGGAGACAGAAAUCUUAGUUUCUUGGUUGUUAGCCUGUGCUACUUGCUCUCGAUAGCACUGGCUUGACUGCUUUAUUAGCAUUCGUUAACACUACUGAUGAACGCUACACUGGCUGGAAGGUGACUUCACUGCUGUGCUAACAGCGUCGAUUCGCGGUUAAGCUCGUGUUGGCCUUUAAGAAGGUCUAGGGCGAUAAAUGUUUGGUCCCUCCCACUAUAAAUCAAAAUCUGAUUAUUUAAUUCAUCUGUCACUUCCUGUAUAAACACACCCUGCCAUGGCCUUCUGUCCCGGCAAUGAAGUCCUAACCAAUGAGUGAGCCAGCUCGAAACUCUUUUAAGCCUAGAGACAACAAACAAACAAACAAACAAAUCUCAUUGGAUAACUCAAUUUUAAUGUUUUCAGGACAGUAACCCUUUCAUUUCUGAAGCAAAUUUGAAAGAAAAUGAGGCCGAAUUAGAAGAGAAUAAUUAUCAUGAAAUUAUGAAAGAAUGAAAGAAAUUAAAUACAGGUAGUCGUCGACUUACGACUGCGUUUGGUUACGACUGACCGGUCGUAAAUCGAUCUGGUCGUAAGUCGGCCUAUGUUAAAUGAACGUAAGUAUAUUGUGAUGUGUAAUGAUAUUGUAAUCAUCUUAAAGUCUUAUUUUAUCAACAUUUUCUUAUUUCAUUACCUUGGCUCAUUAUUUGGUUUAAGUCAAACACUGCAUACUCGGGGGUGAAAGUAACUUUUAUUUCUUGCCGGUAUAUUAUUUUGAGCCAUAAUGCGUGCGCAGCGCACGCCGAAAAAUACACCUAAUUAUUUAUUAUUGUCUACUUAUCAAGCAUUCACGAGGACUUCUUAUCACUCAGUAGUACUAGUAUAGUACUUUUUUAUCACACUAUCACUCUUUCAUCCACCUGUAUCAGUUUGUGAUUAUAAAUAAAUUGCAAACACAUCAUUUCAGCAACACAAUCGUUUUAAUUACUUUUUUUUAGCUGAACAGUUGAAAACUAACUUUUCAUUUUGGACACAGAACAGUGUAACAGAACAGAAAAGUGAAAGUUACUUUGAUUACCAGCUGCGCACGUUAUAGCGCAAGAUCUGGUUAAGCCGUACGCGUGCUGUAGCUCGCUCGGCAUUUGUCCAGUGAAACACUACACACAUAAUAGAAGAGGCUGGAUUCAGUGUUGCCAGAUUGGGCGGUUUUAAGUGCAUUUUGGUGGGUUUUGAACAUAUUUUGGGCUGGAAACCGUCAGCAGUAUCUGGCAACACUGGCUGGAUGCUGGGCGCUGCCGGGAGCUGGGGCGGAAACUGUCGUACGCUCAGCUAGCUCAGCUGGGAAACACUUGCCAGUCGUAACCAGACGGUCGUAAAGUCGAUCGGUCGUAAGUCGCAUAGGUCGUAAGUCGGCGACUACCUAUAUAACGUUUGAAAUGCUGAUAUGUUUGGGCCUCUCUGAAGGCCUAGAAGGCCCUGACUGUUCCCCUCUGAUAUAUGGGAAAAGAUGUUUUGUACUGUUUCUUCAGUAUAAAGGCACUCCAGGAAGCUUUGUACUACUGAAUGCAAAACAAUAAAUAUGGAUGACCUUUCUAAAGCAAUGCUUCUGGGUUUUAGGUACAGUAACUCCUCGAGUUCGUACUCCAGGUAUAGCCAACAUACAUAUUAAGGGCAAUGCAACUUACUAAUCUCCUGUCUCCAAACUAUAUAGCAUUUCUGAAGAGUUAAAGUGUUGUAUGAUCUCUUCAAGUCAACACUUGGAGUUGGUUCGGCUCUCACUCACUGGACCUCUGCAGCGACGACCAUCUCGCACUUUCUAGUAGGCAGUGGAGGUAAAGGAACACAUGAUGCACUUGUUUCGGGAUGUUGUGAUGUUUGUUUUAACUGUCCAAAGUUUACAUGUGGUUGUCAGGAUAUGCUAUAAUUUAAUCGUUAAUUUAAUCUCGUCCCAAAGUUGGCAAAACGUCACGGUUUUGUGGAGUGGACAUAAUUAUUAGCAACUUGCAAUCAUACAUAUUUUGACAACCACUAAUCAUAUUUGGACUGUUGAAGUGUUUCUCACUAUAAGUAAAAAAAAAAAAAAAUCAUUUUAAAACUAGGGACUGAGGGGUGCAUGUGAGUCAAUUUGGGAACCCCAUAUCUAUCUCUUAUUUAAAGUGUGUGGCCAUGUGAGUGUGGGCGGACACGCGCUUGUGUGUUCUCAAAUAUAAUUUAACAGUAAUAAUGGUUCCUGCUCUCAGGCCUCAGUUUCAGUCAGCCAAGGGGUUUUCGGUUGUACAAGCAAUAUUUAAUGGACUGUUUUUAUUUUGCUGUUCAGAAAAGGGGAGAGAGAAUGGACCGUGCGUCCACUUUUGUUUCUCCUUCCUGAGUGAAAGUACACAUAUAUCGAUGGUGUAACAGCAUUAAAUUAUUUAUCCAAA